GAGACGCAGCAUGUUGGCACGGACUGAAUUCAUUCAUUGCAGCCUUGUUACCCAAAGGGAACAAAGAGAGGAGUAACAAUGCAGUCCACCGAAAAGGAGGUGUGUUGGAGAAAAGCAAUUAUGUCACCUAUAGUGCUGAUGAUGCAUGUGAAGGUUGAGGAUCUCUGAAUCUUGGAAGGUGUUCACAACCUCGUGUCUGUGAUGAUGCACAUCAGGAAAUACAGCUGAGAGGGGUGGAGCUUUUUCUUCUAGCCCUGUUUAUAAUGUAUGUUAAUUGUGUGUACAUUUCAAAACCAAUUAAGUGAAACAUGCAAAACAGCCUGUAUAGAUGGGGGAAUACCCGUUAACAUCAAAGAGGAGAUUGCCCCCAAACGUGUUGUAUAUUCUGCAUAAUGAGCGCGUUAGAGAGAGAGCUCUGAUUUUAUUCUGCCAUUCUCCGCCCCUGACUGACUCUUACAUUAUUUACGAAGUGGGGAUGUGCACUGCACUGAUGUAUAUUCCCUCUGCUGAAAUGCAGUGAAGUGUCUGCUGCUGCCUGCAUGUUAGGUCCAUUACGGUAUUCCACAGCUAUCUAGCGGGGGAGCAGAGGAGCUUGACGGAUGCAGAGAUAGAGAGGAGAGAUAGACGAGGGAAGCACAGAUUGCUGCAAAUCCAUCACAACAGCAAAGCCACAGGACUUCUUCAUCAUGUUGAGGAAGGGCUCAGAGCCGUUGAGGGGAGACAGAAAGGUCCUCCUGGAUCUGGACUAUGAGGGUGAAGCACAGACCACAGACAGCUAUGGGAGUCUGCAGAACGGGAUCUUCAUUCCGCCAAGAUAUUUUUCAGCUGCAGGUGAUGACGAAGAAUUGGAAGGUGAUAAUCCCAUGUAUAUUCACUGUAAUACAAGAAGUGAGCAGCCGGUUCCACAGCUGGGGAACUACUUCAGAGAUGGAAGAACCAAAAUCGACUUUGUGCUGGUGUGGGAGAUCCGCUCGCGGAGGAAACGGCGAGGGAAGGCACAGCUGGCACAGUGGAGGGAGAAGUUUGUUCAGAAUCUGGAGAGCGCUGGAGUGCUCAUGGAAAAGGAGGAAACGUCGAAUGAAAAGAAAACAAUACAUUUUCUGAAGCUCAGUGCUCCUUGGGAUGUGAUGCUGUAUUACGCUGAGGAACUCUGUCUGAGAGCUCCAUUACAGGCGCAGCCAAAUCUGGACUUAAACACAUCUGCUCGGGUUAUGAAAAGACUAUGCAUACCUAACGUGAUGGAGGAGUCGGUGCCAAACAGGCCUCUAGACUAUUACACAUGUGCCUUUCGCAAGUCAAAGAUGAGCAGGUUCGUUGGCUGUGACAACCAUGAAACCUACUUCACUAACACACAGAGACACCGUGUUGUGUAUGAGAUUCUUGCCAGGACGGUAUACGGCAAAAGGAAGAGGGCUGAGGUUGGUGUGGAGAGACUGGUAAAUGAAGGGGUGUACACAGCAGCUUUCCCCCUGCACGAGGGCCCCUUUGAGCUUCCAAAGUAUGAGAUUCGUCCUGACGAGCUGAACCAGAGGCAGGUUAUUUACCACUACUGGGCCCGCUGGUGCAAAUGGUACAAGUACCAACCAUUGGACCACAUCAGGGAGUACUUUGGAGAGAAGAUCGCACUCUACUUUGCCUGGCUGGGUUUCUACACAGCGUGGCUGCUGCCAGCUGCAGUGGUUGGAACCCUGGUCUUUGUGUCUGGAGUCAUGUCCAUGGGUAGCAACACACCGGCUAAGGACAUCUGUAACAGCGGAGCCAGUUAUCUGAUGUGUCCUCUCUGUAACACAUGCAAGGCCUGGAACAUGUCUGACAUCUGCACCAUGGCCAAGUUGGGCUACUUGUUUGACCACCCGGGUACGGUCCUCUUCAGUGUGUUCAUGUCCUUCUGGGCCGUAACCUUCCUGGAGUACUGGAAGAGAAAGAUGGCCACCCUGGCCCAUCACUGGGACUGCAUGGACUUCCAUGAAGAAGAGGAGCGUCCUCGUCCAGAGUUUGCAGCCAUGGCCCCGACGAUGGAGCAAAACCCAGUGACCGGGGUGAAAGAGCCCUACUUUCCAGAGAAGACCAGGCUGUCCCGCAUGUUCGGUGGCUCCAUGGUCAUCAUUAUGAUGCUGUGUGUUGUGAUGAUCUUCCUGGUAACGGUGGUCAUGUGCCGCGGUAUCAUCAGCCUGAUGAUGUUCCGUACGGGGAGCCCCGUCCUGCGUACAGAGGCAACGACCAUAGCCAACAUCUCCAGCAGUAUUGUGAGUCUGGGCCUCAUCCUGCUGAUGGGCCGGGUCUACACUGCAUUAGCAGAGCAGCUCACUAAAUGGGAGAUGCACAGAACACAAACCCAGUAUGACAAUUCCUUCAUCUUCAAAGUGUUCAUCUUCCAGUUUGUCAACUUCUACUCGUCCCCCUUCUACGUGGCUUUCUUUAAAGGAAGGUUUGUGGGUUACCCCACCAACUAUGGGACCUUGUUUGGGAUGAGGAAUGAAGACUGCGGUCCCGGGGGUUGUCUCAUUGAACUGGCUGAGCAACUCUUCAUCAUCAUGGUGGGAAAGCAACUCAUCAACAACAUUCAGGAGUUCAUUAUCCCGAAGGUGACGGCCUGGAAACAGAAGAGAUCUCUGGCCAAGGUGAUGGGAGAUAAGGCAUCCCAUGAGCCUCAGCGCUGGGAGGAAGACUACCAGCUGGUGGAGUGUGAAGGCCUGUUUGAAGAGUACCUGGAGAUGGUGCUCCAGUUUGGGUUCAUCACCAUCUUCGUGGCAGCGUUCCCCCUCGCUCCGCUCUUCGCCCUCCUCAACAACUGGGUGGAAAUCCGUUUGGACGCCCACAAGUUUGCGUGCGAGUACCGCCGGCCGGUGGCUGAGCGCGCCCAGAACAUCGGAGUCUGGUUCAACAUACUGGAAGCCCUGUCGCACCUGUCCGUCAUCGCCAACGCUUUCCUCAUCGCCUUCACGUCAGAUUUCUUACCUCGUCUGCUCUACCAGUUCAAGUUCGGUAAUGAUCUCAAUGGAUACGUCAACUUCACCUUGGCUUACGCCCCACUUAACUACACUGAGAACCCCAUGUGCAGAUAUAAAGCGUACAGAGACGACAAUGGAAACUACUCACUGUUCUUCUGGGAGCUUCUCGCCGUCAGACUUAGCUUUAUCAUCGCUUUUGAGCAUGUGGUGUUCUUCGUGCUGCGAGCCAUCGACUGGAUCGUGCCCGAUGUCCCCGAAUCCCUGGAGGUGAAGAUCAAGAGGGAGCGCUACCUGGCCAAGCAGGCUCUGGCCGAAAACCAGGAGGCCCUGUUGGUGAGUCGAGGCCGAGGGGCCGCCCCCGUCUCUCCAGGCACCUCCAGCCCAGUCAAUGUUGCUUGAUGAGCAAGCGACGCGUCCUUUGGAAACAUGAGUUAGGACUCCAGUGAGGAAAAACGAGUGGUUUGAGGGGAUAUUGGAGGAAUAAUAGACACUCCUUCACAUCUGGGAUAACAUGAGUGAACUUUUUCCCUGAUUUGAAUACGUCUCUGCACUGGGAUUUUGUUUUCAUUUCAUUAAUAUGCAUACCGCUGCACAGAUGUUAUGAUAAGCAGGUUGUGUAAUGGAGGCUAAACUCACCCAAAACUUAGUUCACCCACCUUAUCCAUACUGGGAACUGACCCUACAGCAACUGGGCCUAGCGGACACUCAAGAAACAGAACAAAAACGCCCUGAAAAAUGUGAUUAAUAUAGAUGCUGAUGUGCUGCCCCCAAUUUGCAUCAAUCUGUUUAUUUAUUUUCUUGUCUAGGCAGUAAAAGUACUGCCUAAAUAUAUAUCUUAGGGCUGACAAUCGAUUAGAAUUUUUAAUCACGAUUAAUCGCAUGAUUGUCUGUAGUUUAUCGCGAUUAAUCGCAAAUUAAUGGCACAUUUUUUAUCUGGUCAAAAUGUACCUUAAAGGGAGAUUUGUCAAGUAUUUAAUACUCUUAUC